GAGCCGAUACUGUGCCACUGCACUCCAGCCUGGGCGACAGAGCGAGACUCCGUCUCAAAAAAAACAAAAAGGAAAGCGGAAUCUACACCUUCUCGGCCAGCGGUAGCAACUGCAGAACUGCAGGAGACAAUCUUUCUAGACAAGGCAGUUGAGGAGGAGGGAGCGCUUGAGGGGGACUGGCCUGGCAUGCACUCCGCACCUCGGGGAUGUUAUUGCGUGUGGAACGGCUGCUUUUGGAAGACUAUUGCCCAGAAGAAAAGAUGUUUGGUUUUCACAAGCCAAAGAUGUACCAAAGUAUAGAGGGCUACUGUAUUUGCAGAGCUAAGUCCUCCAGUUCUCAAUUCACUGACAGUAAACGCUAUGAAAAGGACUUCCAGAACUGUUUUGGAUUGCAUGAGACUCGUUCAGGAGACAUCUGCAAUGCCUGUGUCCUGCUUGUGAAAAGAUGGAAGAAGUUGCCAGCAGGAUCAAAAAAAAACUGGAAUCAUGUGGUAGAUGUAAGGGCUGGACCCAGUCUAAAGACUACAUUGAAACCAAAGAAAGUGAAAACUCUAUCUGGGAACAGGAUAAAAAGCAACCAGAUCAGUAAACUGCAGAAGGAAUUUAAACGUCAUAAUUCUGAUGCUCACAGUACCACCUCAAGUGCCUCCCCAGCUCAAUCUCCUUGUUACAGUAACCAGUCAGAUGACGGCUCAGAUACAGAGAUGGCUUCUGGUUCUAAUAGAACACCAGUUUUUUCCUUUUUAGAUCUCACAUACUGGAAAAGACAGAAGAUAUGUUGUGGGAUCAUCUAUAAAGGCCGUUUUGGGGAAGUCCUCAUUGACAGACAUCUCUUCAAGCCUUGCUACAGCAAUAAGAAAGCAGCUGCCAAGAAGCCAGAGGAGCAGGGGCCAGAGCCCCUGCCCAUCUCCACUCAGGAGUGGUGACUGAGGUUUUUAUGUAGAAGGGGAACAAAAAAAAAACAUCUAAAUUUUGAAAAGACCACAAAGCAACAAACUGACCCUCUGUUUUGUUUGUUUGUUUUUUUUGAGAUGGAAUCUUGCUCUUGUUGCCUAGGCUGGAGUGCAGUGGCGUGAUCUUAGCUCACUACAACUUCCGCCUCCCGGGUUCAAGUGAUUCUCCUGCCUCAGCCUCCCAAGUAACUGGGUUUAUAGGUGCCCACCACCAGACCCAGCUAAUUUUUUAGUUUGUGUAGAGAUGGGGUUUCACCACGUUGGCCAGGCUGGUCUCAAAUGACCCUCCCAUUUUUAACUUGGAUAUCUGCUAUUCUGCCAAAAGACAAUUUCUAGAGUAGUUCUGAAUGGGUUGAUUUCCCCCAGUCCCACAAACUCUGAAGCCAGUGUCUAGCUUACUAAAAAAAGAGUUAUACAUAAUAUUUAAGAUGCUGAGUAUUUCAUAGGAAAGCUGAAUGCUGCUGUAAAGUGCUCUUUAAGUCUUUUUUUUUUCUUUUAAUCCCCUUCUAAUGAAUGAAACUAGGGGAAUUUCAGGGGACAGAGAUGGGAUUUGUUGUAUGAUAAACUGUAUGUAGUUUUUAGUCUUUCUGUAUUGAGAAGCAGUGGUUGGGGCAUUUUUUAAGAUGGCUGGCUACUCUUGUUUUCCCUCACGAUAAUAAAUUUGUCAUAACUC